AUGGAUCCGCUUUCAUCGGCAGCGAGCGUUCUGACCGUACUGGGUGCCGCUGGAGGUACCUGCAAGAUUCUCUACGGCCUCGUUAUCGAUUUCAAAGACGCCCCCGAGGAGAUAAAAUGGCAGAACAGAAAGCUUCAACGUCUACUGGAAAAUAUUACUUGCCUCCUAAAGAUUUGCGAUACGCUCCCGAAAGAGUUACUGCUGGCUCCAAAUUUCGAGUGUAUGCAGGAGUUUGUCCAGGAGAUCAACAUCAUCAACGUGGAUAUCGAACCUGAUGCCGAGGGCCGCACAGCUCUACACAUGUUCUACAACCCUAUCGUGGCGUAUAUGUUCCAGUAUCAUACCGAAGAUAUUGAUACAUGGGCGCAGGACAACACAGGAAAAACAGCGCUCCACUACAUGGCAUGGAGUAGCAGAUCUACUGUACAAGAGCUGAUAAGAUGCUCCCAGAAAGAGGAGAUGCGACAACUCUCAGUCAAAGACUCACAGGGAAAAUCUAUCCUUCACUACGCCACGCAGCGAGGCAACACCGAUCUCAUCGAAUUCCUUCUUGCUCGUCCAGAAGCCCCUACUUUGUGCAUGCCAGACUACCAUGGCCGUACCCUACUGCACUAUGCGACAGAGAGCGGCAGAGUAUCCACGAUCGACCUCUACCUUGCUUGGCACUUCGACCCCGAUGUAGUGGAUAGCAAAGGUCGUACAAUGCUCCAUCAUGCAUGCCAGUGGGGAAAUGUCAAAGCGGUCGAGCAUCUCGUGGACCUAGGCUUCGAAUAUCAGCUCGAUGCUGUCGAUGACGAAAAGCGUACUCCAUUACAACUAGCAAAGCAUUACAGAUCUAGAGCAGUCGUAGAAUACAUACAACAAUUGCGGCCGGACAAAGAAGUUGGCGACGAUAAGGACGUAAAGAUCACCGCCAUGAUUGGGGGGUCAAGACUAGCGAAGUUAAAGUCGCGGUCGAUGCCGAACAAAGCUCUCUUCUUUCUACUGCUCGUGAGCUUUCUGCUGUACGGAUUUUGGAGAUGA